AUGUCUGAACUAGCUAAUCAAAUGGAUAACUUGAACUUAGGUGGGAACAACGGUAACGGCAGGGGUUCGAACCCAAGAAGCUCGUACGUCCCUCCUCACAUGAGAGGCAAGAGAAGCGGACCACCUUCCGGAUCUUUUGACGGUAACGGCGGAGAUUUCGGUGGCCGUGGCGGCGGCCGUGGUGGCCGUGGCUCUUCUUCGUUCUUCGGUGGUGGUAGAAGAGAAGGUUUUGGAGGCAGAAGAGAGGGUGGUGAUGGCCGCACACCUCGUGGCGUUGGCAGAUGGGUCAACGGCAAACACGAACCUGCCCCUAAGAACGAGCAAAUCGAACUGCAACUGUUCGGUACUGCGGAGGACCCCAGCUUCCAGUCGUCCGGUAUCAACUUCGACAACUACGACGACAUUCCUGUCGAGGCCUCCGGUAACGACGUUCCAGAGCCUAUUUCGGAUUUCACUUCUCCUCCACUAGACGAGUUGUUACUCGAAAACAUCACGAGAGCGCGUUUCACAAAGCCUACGCCUGUCCAGAAAUACUCCGUUCCUAUCAUCGCCGCCGGCAGAGACCUGAUGGCCUGUGCGCAGACCGGUUCCGGUAAGACAGGUGGGUUUUUGUUCCCAGUUUUGUCCGAGUCGUUUGCCAACGGACCAGCUCCCGUGCCAGAACAAGCUUCCAACUACUACAUUAAGAAAGCCUUCCCCACUGCGGUCGUCUUGGCCCCAACCAGAGAAUUGGCCACUCAAAUUUUCGACGAAGCCAAGAAAUUCACUUACAGAUCCUGGGUGCGCCCAUGCGUCGUUUACGGUGGUGCCGACAUCGGUAGUCAAAUUAAGGAACUUAACCGUGGUUGCGACUUGUUGGUCGCUACCCCAGGUCGUCUUUCCGAUCUUCUAGAACGUGGCCGUAUCUCGCUCUGCAACAUCAAGUAUUUGGUGCUAGAUGAAGCCGACAGAAUGUUGGAUAUGGGUUUCGAGCCUCAAAUCAGACACAUUGUCGAUGGGUGUGACAUGCCUAACGUCGACAACAGACAAACGCUCAUGUUUUCCGCCACUUUCCCCGUUGACAUUCAACACUUGGCCCGUGACUUUUUGAAGGACUACGUGUUUUUGUCCGUUGGUAGAGUCGGUUCCACUUCCGAAAACAUUACCCAAAACGUGCUUUACGUCGAAGACUAUGACAAAAGAUCUGCAUUGCUUGAUCUUUUGGCCGCCUCUGAUGACGGUUUGACUUUGAUUUUUGUUGAAACCAAGAGAAUGGCUGACGCUUUAACCGAUUUCUUGAUCAUGCAGGACUUGAAGGCUACCGCCAUUCAUGGGGACCGCUCCCAGGGCGAGCGUGAGCGUGCUCUAGGCGCUUUCAGAAGCGGAAAGGCCAAUUUGUUGGUCGCCACUGCGGUUGCUGCAAGAGGUUUGGAUAUUCCUAACGUUAUUCACGUCAUCAACUAUGAUCUUCCAAGUGACAUCGACGAUUACGUUCACAGAAUCGGUAGAACUGGUCGUGCUGGUAACACCGGUACCGCUACUGCCUUCUUCAACAGAGGCAACAAGAACGUUUGCAAAGAGUUGGUUGAAAUUUUGACCGAAGCCAAGCAGGAAGUCCCAGCCUUUUUGACUCAAAUCGCCAGAGAAACCUCUGGUGGUGGUGCUAGAGGUGGUCACAGCAGUCGUGGCAACAGCACCAGAGACUAUCGUCGCCACGGAAAUGGCUCUAGUGGUAGCUCUUACGGUGCCAGCGGUAGAGGUGGAUCUUCUUACGGCAGAGGUGGUGGCUCCGGUUGGGGUAACUCCUGGGGCAACUCGGGAAGCUCCUGGGGUAACACCGGAAACUCCGGUAGCUCUGCUGCCAGCAACUCCUGGUGGUAA